GUCCGAAGAACACGAGUUAGGCUUCUUUGGACAAACCAUUUGAUAGGUACGAUGCUCCUUCCGGCUUCCUCAGACUUGUGUCAACACUCUGGAAUUGCCCUCACAAUUUGAAGAAAACCAACCACAAGCGGCUCCACAACGCAGGAGCAAAAAGCUGCUUCUCCGGUGAUGAGCUCCAGUGUUCCUCAUCACCCAUCAAGCUAGCUUUUGUUGGAUUGCUGAAACCUCUCUCAUCUGGGUUCCUGCUGCCACAAAUUCAGGUCAUCGCAAAACAAGAGCAUUCUCAUUUGUUGAAGGAGAAAAAACGAAGAAAUGGUUGCAAUGACCCGCAGGUAUCUCCUCACUGCCGCUCUCUGUUGGUUCGUCCCAACCACGACGGCAUGGCCACGAUGGAAGAAUUUGCAUUUGGUUCCGAUGGCACCAGAUAGGAAUACAACGCUGGAGGAGGUGAGUGACCCGAUGGAACAAUGCUUUGUAGAGUUGGAGUUUCGAGCGCCAGAAUUCAAUGAUCACAAGACCAAUCAUCGGACAUUUGAAGAAAACGAGGCAGUCAACUUGAAGGUCGCACUCGGUUUCAUUGCCACGGCACUGAUUGCCAUUGGCGUUUCCGCCAGCACUGUUAAACCCAAAAGGCUUCAAAAGAACGUCCAAUUUGAUAGUACGAAAGGCACUGAUGUUAUCGAUGAUGGGUUUGACAGUGCCAGAAGGACCAUGGAGAGCGCGGACCUUGCAUUUGAUGGAGUGAAACUUACCCUGACCCAAAAGGCAAAAAAGAACAAGGAUGGGAGCGAACAACCGGCGACACGCCUCCUUUUGGAUGGGAGCCUUCGUGGCAGGGCCAGGCCGGGACGCAUGCUGGCUGUAAUGGGGCCAUCAGGUGCUGGAAAGUCGGUCUUUCUCCAUGCCUUGGCAGGACGUAUCAAAGCUGACAAGAAGUUGAGCUUGAGAGGAGACCGCUUCUUGAAUUUGACAUUGCAGCCUCCCAGCAGUAUCCUUCCAGCGGCAUUUGUGGAGCAAGAAGUCAACUUCUUCCCUCGCAUGACCGUUCGAGAAACAGUGGAUUUCCGUGUAGCACUUCAUUUUGGUGAUUUGCUCGGCAAGGCGUCCAGAGAUGCUCUCGUGCAAGAUCUUCUAUGCCAGCUUGGUCUGUUGGUUGCUGCCGACACCAUAGUGGGAGACGCCAAGGUUCGAGGAAUUUCGUCCGGAGAGCGCAAGCGCUUGUCCAUUGCGGUCGAGAUGAUCUCGUCUCCUGGUCUAGUUUGCUGCGAUGAACCCACCAGCAGUCUGGACAGUGCUGCAGCUGCCGUUGUCAUUGAGAAGCUGCGACAACUGGCAGACCAAGGCAAGACGGUUAUCUGUGUCAUUCACCAGCCCAGCUCAGCAAUCUUUGGGCAGUUUGAUGACCUGCUGUUGAUCAGUGAAGGAAAGCAAAUGUACUUUGGCAGGACGAACAAGGCCAAAGCAUACAUGGAAGCACAAGGAUACACCGCAAACGAGGAUAGUGGGACAGCGGAGCAUAUUUUGGAAUGCAUAUCGCCCCUGCCACGUCAAGGGGAAUCUGCUGAGGAUGCCAAACAGCGGUUGAAAAACUUAGGAGAGGCGGCUGUAUACCAAGCAGAAGACCUGGACCUUGGCAUUGAUCACACGGACUUCAUGUCCACUUCGAACUGCAGCACUAAGGAUUGUGGUACGAUUGGCCCUCGGACCAGUCUGUGGACUCAGUUUUGUUUGCUGCUGCACCGAGCCUCGGCGGAGACGGUUCGUGGAAAGGAUGUCAUCUUUAUCAAAACAGUGCAACAAGUGGUUGUGGCGUCAAUCUACGGUGGCAUCUACACUCUGGGCGACAAUCAAGCAUCCAUCUUGGAUCGCUUUGGACUGCUGUCCCUGACAGCUAUUGGAGGGACAAACAUGGCCAUUGCCACUACACUCCGCGCCUUUCCAAAAGAGAAGACUAUCGCAAGCGCUGAGAUCGCUAUCAAGCAAUACCGAGCUCUGCCCUACUUUGUUGCAAAGGCCAUCUCUGAAUUUCCUCUUGUGUUUUUCUACAACGGAGUUAUGGGUGCAAUUCUAUACUUUGCAACUGGAAUGAACCCAGGACGGUUUUGGACGUUCAUUGGAUUACUCACCUUGCAUUCCCUGGCAUCUGAGGCCUCUGGAAUGGCUGUGGGCGCCGUCAGCCCCAGCUCUGAUGUUGCCUUGGCAAUCUUUCCGGCAAUCUUGAUCCUUUUCGUAAUCUUUGAUGGCCGGAACAUCUCCACUGAGAACACACCUUGGGUGCUUCGGUGGGUUUCCAAGAUUUCCUUAAUUCGCUGGGGAUUUGAAUCCUUUUGUCUGAACGAGUUUCAAGGACUCCACUUCGAAGCUUCAGAUGCCAGCAACGGACCUGUGGCUCGAACCGGGGAGGAAGCGUUGGCAAUGAUUGGUUUGAAAGAUUCCAGCAUUGAAGGUGUCGUGCGAGCUGAGGUGAUAAUCACGAUAGUUUGUUGGUGCUUGGCCUAUCUUGGCCUGACACUAACAAAGCAGCGUUUUGUGGUGAUGGAGCCGAAGACGUGAACAGGACGACUCCUACGUUGGACCCCGUGCUGGCGGUAGAAAUUCUCAGUUUCUAUCUUAUAUCUUAGCUAGAAUGCAAUAGUUGCUUGCAUCAAUAAAGGAAGCAAAAGAACGUCAUGUAUC